AUCAUAAGAACACACCAAGGAAAAACAAAGAGAGAAAAAAAGAACAUAAAAGAAGAAGAAAAAUGGCUAACAUGGCUGAGAAAUGGGAGGAACUUAGUGGGAAAAACAAUUGGGAUGGGCUAUUAGAUCCAUUGGAUGUUGAUCUCCGUAGAUACAUCAUUCAAUACGGAGAGUUGGCUCACGUAACUUAUGACACCUUUAUCGACGAGAAAGUAUCCAAAUACGCAGGAGCUAGCAGAUACUCGAUGGAAAACCUUUUUGCAAGAGCUGGACUUGACCCAUCAAAGUAUCGCGUAACCAAAUACUUUUAUGCUACCUCUUCCAUGCCACUUCCAGCUGCUUUCAUUCUAAAAUCAUUGUCAAGGGAAGCAUGGAGUAAGGAAUCAAACUUUAUGGGGUAUAUUGCUGUAGCUACUGAUGAGGGUAAAGUUUCACUAGGAAGGAGGGAUAUUGUGAUUGCUUGGAGAGGAACAAUUCAGACACUGGAGUGGGUUAAUGACCUUCAAUUUUUACUAAUUCCAGGACCAAAAGUUUUUGGUGAUGGGGGUUUACUUCCUUUGUUCCAACCAUUGGUGCAUCAUGGCUUCUACAACGUUUAUACAUCAGAAAGUUCACGGUCAAAGUUUAAUAAAACUAGUGCCAGAGAUCAGGUCCUUGCAGAAGUGAAAAGAUUGGUUGAGGAAUAUAAGGACGAAGAGGUCAGCAUAACAGUGGUUGGCCACAGCCUCGGUGCAUCACUUGCAACCUUAAAUGCAGUUGACAUAGCUUUCAAUGGCAUCAACAAAACAAGCACUGGCAAGGAAUUCCCAGUCUCGGCUUUUGUAUUCGCAAGUCCUAAAGUUGGGGAUCUCAAUUUUCAAAAGGCAUUCUCCAAACUGAAACAUCUUCACAUCUUAAGAAUUCAUAACUUAUUGGAUAUUGUCCCGAAAUACCCACCCGUUGGCUAUUUCGACGUUGGACAGGAAAUAAUAAUCGACACCACAAAAUCACCCUAUUUGAAGUUGAAUCCUGGAGACCCACACACUAGGCAUAAUUUGGAGGGUUACUUGCACGGAAUUGAUGGUACUCAAGGAAUAGGAGUAUCAGCAGGUUUUAAGCUAGAGGUGAAUCGUGAUCUCGCACUAGUUAACAGGAUAUGGGACAUUCUAAAAGAUGAAUAUCUUGUCCCUGGGGCUUGGUGGGUCGAGAAAAAUAAAGGAAUGGUUCAACAAGAAGAUGGAAAGUGGGUUCUCCAGGAUCGCGAGGAUUAUGACUUAAUUGUGGCGGAGCUUUAAUUUGGAGUUUAAAGUACUGGCUAUUUAAUAUAUUUCCUUAAUACCAUGUAAUGUUUCAAUAAAGGAGUUUCCGUGAGCUUCCGAUUCCCCUAAUAAUAGAGGAUAAGGAAAAUGAAUGUUUUAAUUUAUACAUCAAUUUAAAUUAUGUUUUUUCUAUUAUUUUGAGAAAUAAAUAGGGGUUUUAAUGUA